CUCUCUCGUCCUAUCCUCGUCUGUCUCGUCGGUCUGGCUUUUACGCGUAGUAGAAAUAUCACUGACGUGUCCCCCGUGCGAGUAUCGGCUACGUAAGUGCAUACAAUUCCUCGACCUCGCCACGACAAUUUCGUCUCUCGCGCGUCGCAGGGAACCUCGACGAGGUGAAUAAAUACCGUAUAGUCAUCCGAGUGAGUGAACGUGGGUUUAAUCAAGCGCGUCUGUCGAUCGUCAGAAAGCAGACUCCAGUCGUCCAGUUCAGAGGCAGCCGAGCGACAGCGAAAUUAUGGCAGCGGUUCUAAACACUUUUGUAAAUUCCUUCACCAACACGUUAAAUGCACCAGUCAGACAACACUUGAAGAAUGUCUAUGGUUGCUUGUCCCUCUCAACUGUAUCAGCAGCCAUAGGAGCUUAUAUACACAUUCACACGCAGCUCCUGCAGGCUAAUCUGUUGACGACUCUUGGUACCUUGGGUCUUCUUAUUGCGCUAAUGUCAACGCCUGAUAAUGGCAAAAAUCAAAAACUGCGCCUCGGUUACCUUUUGGGAUUUGCAUUCCUGUCUGGUCUCGGAUUGGGUCCCUUGCUCGAGAUGGUAAUCAGCAUAGAUCCGAGUAUAGUAGUAACAGCAUUAAUUGGUACGACGGUAGUUUUCGUUUCCUUCAGCAUUUCUGCACUUUUGGCCGAACGUGGUCGCUGGCUGUAUCUUGGUGGUGCUUUAAUCAGCAUUUUGAAUAUCAUGAUUCUGCUUUCCUUCGCCAAUCUACUCUUGCGCUCGACCUUGAUCUACCAAAUGCAUUUGUACGUGGGAUUAUUCGUGAUUUGCGGCUUUGUCAUCUAUGAUACGCAGUUGAUCAUUGAGAAGCAUCACAUGGGCAGCAGAGACUUCAUCAUGCACUCCUUGGAUUUGUUCAUCGAUUUUGUAGGUGUUUUCCGACACCUCCUUGUGAUACUUACGCAAAAGGAACUGUCCGCCAAGGAGUCACGCAAGCGUAAAGAUUGAGUGAAGAAAAACGAGUGAUCGUGGCGCAUUCAAGUAAAUCCAUUCUAGAGGUCUUCAUGUAAUCUAUCCAUACCUAGGUAUCUGUGUACAUAUACAUACCGAAAAAUUAUAUAAAUACCGAUAACUACACGUCAUACACAUAUAUAUGCAUAACAUCUCUUUAUAGUAUAAACGUGAUAUAUUACAAAACUAUAUAAAUAUAUUUAUCAUAAUGAAAAAAAGGAAAAUAUUAAAUACAGUUUAUUUAAGAAAUUCGGCUUCUCUCGUGUCCGAUUACGAAGACGAAGAUCUAUUUAUUUUGGUCAUA